UUGUUGAUAUGCUACAUGUGAAUGAAAGAAAAAAAAAUGAUAUGAGGAAAAUAUGCGUUCAAAGGAAUGUCGGAGAUGUUAGCGGCAAGCAUGGCGAUUUGGCACUCCUCACGCGUGUUCCGGAAAAGCACCUCAAACUUCCGCUUAUCAUCCCAAGGACUCGACAUAUUCCUGAAGAUCCGGACCAUGUCCAAGUAAAAGUCCUGGAACUUCUCUCUAGCACCUUGUUUACGGUUGCUGGCUUGACGCUCGUAAACAUAAUCCAUGUCGACAGACGAACGCGUAAUGCUUGCUCCUUUCGACUACGCGAAGCCGCAUCACUCAUGCUACGUGUCCUCAGUUCAUGGUCCAGCUCAUCAAUGGUCAAGUGAGCUGUGUCCAUCCCAUGAUACAGUGCAGUUAGUUGGUUUAAAUCCAUGGCAGAUUAAGGAAAAUCAAAGAAAAUUAGAAAUUUAAAAGAAAUAAAUAACAAAAAUCAAAC